UCGUUGCCGCCUUACCGGUAUAUAGUAGUAUUUGUUUGAAAAACGCAUUCUUAAGUAAAGAAAAAUACAAUGCCGAGCACUUGUUGUAUUAAAAAUUGUCAAAAUAAUAAUAAAAAGGGAUUUCAUUUGUUCAGAUUUCCUCUAAAUCGAAAAGAUCAUUUAAAAAAAUGGACUAAGGCAAUUGGAGAAAAAGAGUUCAAGCCAUCUAAAAAUCAUGUUAUUUGCAGCAAGCAUUUUACACCUGAUGAUUUUAUGGACAGACCGGGUACAAGCAGUAUUCGUUUAAAAAAUCUUGCCGUACCUUCCAUAUUUUUAAAGACUCCAGUGACUGCUCCUGUGAUUGCAAGUAUACUUGCUCCAGCGACUGCUCCUACAUCUGAAAAUGUAUUUGAUUUGGCCAUACAUUUACAAACUGUGACUUCAGAAGUCACGAGUUUCAAGAGUUCAGAACAAAAAGAAAACGAAAAUAAUUUUACAGUCUCCAGCUUACUUUCAGAAAACACAGCUAGCAUAAGUCCUAUCGACAAUACAAUUAAGAUGACAUUGGUAAAGAAACGGAAAUUAAUGAAUAAUUCCUACUAUCAUUUAAAAAAUCAGGAAAUGAGUCCUAGAAAGAAGCAAAUGAAAAGAAUUAUUCAAACAUUAAAACAAAAAUUGACAAGAAAAGAAAAAAAGAUACAAUCGUUGCAGUGUUUACUGGCAGAUUUACGUUAUGCGAGCAUAUUGGCCAGCACCACCAGAUUGUUUCUUAUAAAGAUAGUCAAAUUCACAUGGUUUAGUUAA